AUGGAUUUUGGAACUAUUGGGAUUGUGAAAAAAUAUGGGGUUAUACCAAAUGGGAAAAAAUAUCAUCGCACAAUCAUUUUUGAUUCAUUAAGUAACAAUCUUUCAUGUAGUUGUAGAAGGUUUGAGUUUGCAGGUUUCUUGUGUUCACAUGCUCUAAAAGUUCUCUCGAUUCAUAAUAUAAAGAGUAUUCCUACUCAAUACAUCUUAAAGAGGUGGACCAAAGAUGUAAAGUCUGGGUGUACCAAUAUUCACUCGCAUUCUAAAAAUGCAGAUGAUCCCAAAGGUGCGAUAGUUAGACGUUAUAGAGAGUUAUGUCGACUACAUAUUCAACUAGCGACAAUGGCAUCGAUUACUGAUAAAGCAUAUGAAAUAGCUAUAUCAGGACUAAACAAAACACUAGCCGAGGUUGAUGCAAGUUUGAGAGGUCUUACCCUUCAGAAAACUUCACAAACUGAAUCCGUUACUGAUUGUGUAUCUCAACAACAUGUUGUUUUACCUGCUAAUGAUGAUAAUCUCAAGGUGAAAGGAAUUAAGGUUAAGGAAAAAGAAGUCGGCGUCGGUUCUAGUAGGCUACCAAAUGCUUUGAAAACAGCAGUUGCAAAAGUUACAAGAAAAAGAAAGCCUCAAAAAACAAUAUUAGAUGCUCCAAGCAAUGAUGAUUCCCAACCCGUAAGCGGUAUCCGAAGCCAGCAAUUACUGAUGCCUCAUGCUGACCAUGUAAGUACUUUUGAUGUUUUGAAGUGA